AUGGCUCCCCCUACCGCCAUCUCCCCCGUCAGUGACUAUGCCGUGCCCUACACCGCCGGCAAGACCACCAAGCCGGCACCGGAGCGCGCCGUCGCCACAAAGGUCGACGACCUCCUCGGCAAAUGGGAGACCUUCACCUUCGCCCCGAUCCGCGAGAGCCAGGUGUCGCGCGCCAUGACGCGCCGCUACUUCGCCGACCUCGACACGUAUGCCGAGUCGGACGUCGUCAUCGUCGGCGCCGGCUCGUGCGGCCUCAGCACGGCGUACGUGCUCGCCAAGACGCGCCCCGACCUCAAGAUCGCCAUCGUCGAGGCCGGCGUCGCCCCGGGAGGCGGCGCCUGGCUCGGGGGCCAGCUCUUCUCGGCCAUGGUCAUGCGCAAGCCGGCCGACGUGUUCCUCGACGAGGUCGGCGUCCCCUACGAGGACGAGGGCGACUUCGUCGUCGUCAAGCACGCGGCGCUCUUCACGUCGACCGUCAUGAGCCGGGUGCUGCAGUUCCCCAACGUCAAGCUCUUCAACGCGACGACGGUCGAGGACCUCAUCACGCGCAAGAACGAGGACGGCACGCUGCGGGUGGCGGGCGUGGUGACCAACUGGACGCUCGUGUCGAUGCACCACGACGACCAGUCGUGCAUGGACCCCAACACCAUCAACGCGCCGCUCGUCAUCUCGACGACGGGCCACGACGGCCCGUUCGGCGCCUUCUGCGUCAAGCGCCUCGUGAGCAUGAAGCAGAUCGAGCAGCUGGGCGGCAUGCGCGGCCUGGACAUGCAGACCGCCGAGGACGCCAUCGUCAAGGGCACGAGGGAGAUUGUCCCGGGUCUGAUCGUCGGUGGCAUGGAGCUGUCCGAGGUCGACGGCGCCAACCGCAUGGGUCCCACCUUUGGUGCCAUGGCCCUUUCCGGAGUCAAGGCUGCUGAGGAGGCGUUGGCGAUCAUCGACGCCCGCAAGAAGGAGAACGAGCUCUAG